CUCGCUUGAAACUUGACGGCUUGGGCUUGGCCAGCUUGGCGCGAUGAAUUUUACCGCUUGCAUAGCUUGCACCCGUCAACAAGCGAACAACCACCUGACCCGAUGAUAAUGCGGAAAGCGUUCAUUUGCAGCGUCAUUGGCUGUCCGAAUAGCAGACGUCGCGGAAGAGAGGUGGUGGGCGCGGAUGUGAAGUUCUUUGCCUUCCCAAAAAACGAAAGCCUGCGGCAGCAGUGGAUAGCCGCCGUGCGGCGCGAUGACUCGCCGUUGAAAGAAGAUGCGAGCACUGUGGAUGCGAGGCUGCACAGUGCGAAGCUGUGUUCGGAGCAUUUCUCGGACGACUGCUUCGACUUGUCGGCGCAGCUCAGGGCACGGUUCGGCUUCUCCAGCCGCAGCGCCAAGUCCAAGCUCAAGCCCGACGCCGUGCCCAGCAUCUUCGAGCACAACAAAGAGCGCCGCCGGAACCUCGAGAGCGAGAGGAGACAAGAGCUCGUGACGCAGGCGCUGCAGUCGUUGAAUCCACCCGCUCCAUUGAAAGCGCCUCCAUCUCGACCAAGAGUGCCUCCAGCGCCACCUGUGGUGCCUCCAGCGCCACCCGUGGUGCCUCCAGCGCCACCCGUGGUGCCUCCAGCGCCACCCGUGGUGCCUCCAGCGCCACCCGUGGUGCUUCUAGUGCCACCAGUGGUUUCUCCAGCGCCACCCGUGGUGCCUCCAGCGCCACCUGUGGUGCCUCCAGUGCCACCCGUGGUGGUCUCCAGAGACUUGGACAGUCCGCGCCCCUUGCUGACCUGCAGUCGACUAUACGUGAAGAAUGUAGGAACUCAGUCCAAUGUCAGGGCGGCCCUGCAACACAAGACGACGCAGACCUGCUUCUGGAGGAAGAGUGUGGGUAUGAAUACAUUGCCACCUGAAAAGACAUGGAAAGUGCGACGUCCGUGGGGGCCUAAGGGAUUUUCUGGUCGAACGUCCAAAAGUCCUAUUUUUCACCACCUAUUUCCCCAGCCAAAUGAGAGGCCGGAGACCGAGACUGAGACAGAGUCGGAGACCGAAACCGAGUCGGAACCUGAGGAGGAGGAAUCGGAGUCUGAACGAUCCGACAGGGAUGCCACCUACUUUCCGGACGAGUCGGAAGAAGAUCUCACUGAUUAAGCCCCGUCCCAGCGUGCUCGAGCCCGUGGUCAUCCCAAAGAGGUCUCGGAGGAGCCCGAGGCUCUACGUUAGGU